CAAAGAGAGAGUGGCUAGCUGUUAGUCGUAACGGGGCAAUAGAAGAUUUUACCAUCUGUGUUCGUCCUCCACGGCAAACACAGCCUUCAGUCAGCUGGUGUGGAAACAACAGCCCUUACCUGCUCUAUCUGGUAGCACUGACACUGGAAAGGUUGGAGGGAUGUUUGACACACUGUAUGAGUGGUUCUGGUGGGACAAAAUCUGGCUGCCUUUGAACCUGACGUGGGCUGACCUGGAGGACAGGGAGGACCGGGUCUAUGCCAAAGCUUCACAUCUCUACGUCACUGUUCCCUACACCUUUGCCUUCUUACUCAUCAGAUACCUGUUUGAAAGAUGGAUAGCAACACCACUCGCAGUCUCCGCUGGGAUCAAGCAGAGAGUCCAUCUUAAAGCAGAGGAAAACCCCAUUCUGGAACGUUACUACAUUACUCAGAGUAGAAAUCCUGCUAAGGCAGACAUUGAUGGGCUGUCUAAGAAAAGCAGUUUGUCAGAGAGACAAGUUUUACGCUGGUUCAGAAAAAGACGCAGUCAAGACCUUCCUGGAAUACUGAAGAAAUUCAGAGAGGCUAGCUGGAGGUUUGUCUUCUACCUGUCGGCUUUCAUCGGAGGAAUAGUAGCACUGUACGAUAAGAAAUGGUUUUAUGACACUGGGGAAAUAUGGACGGAUUUUCCAAAGCAGUCCAUGCUGGAGUCUCAGUACUGGUAUUAUAUCUUGGAAAUGAGCUUCUAUGGUUCUCUUCUCUUAAGCGUUGCCUUUGAUGUCAAGCGAAAGGACUUUAAGGAGCAGAUCAUCCACCACUUGGCCACACUGGUCCUCUUAUCAUUUUCCUGGUGUGUCAACUACAUUAGAAUAGGAACGCUGGUUAUGAUUGUCCAUGAUGCCUCUGACGUUUUACUGGAGUCUGCAAAAUUAUUCAACUAUGCCAAAUGGGAGAAAACCUGCAAAAGUCUUUUUGUUCUGUUUGCCUUGGUGUUUCUGGUAACACGACUGAUCAUCUUCCCAUUCUGGCUGAUCCACUGUACCUGGGUCUACCCCGUGCUCCACUACCCUGCCUUCUUUGGCUAUUACUUCUUCAAUAUGAUGCUGGUGGUUCUUCUCUGUCUGCACAUAUUCUGGGCCUACCUCAUUCUCUGCAUGAUCAGAAAAUUCAUGUUUGGCACUCUGAUCAGAGAUGAAAGAAGUGACAAUGAGGAGGAAGACAGCAGCCUGACAGAGGACGAAAAUGAGGACCAGCAUAGGCUUGGCAAUGCAUUGGCAGUUGGUGAGAAGGAGAACAAGGACAAGAACGGCAGCUUUGGAUGCUUGUCUCCACCAGAGAAUAUCUGCCGGUCAAAGACUGUAUACUAACUCAUGCUCAGUAUGAUCAGUAGAGCCAAAGAUGUGGGAAAUACACCCAGUCUCACUCUAGAACCCUCAAAUACCACAGCUGUUUCAGUGCGUUCAACUAACUCCAAUGUAAAGCCAAUCAUCAUCAGUCUGUCGGAGCAACUGAUGUAGUUUAUAGUGAGAUAACCAUGUAAGUUGUAUGAGUUCAACAAACACAGGACUUCCACCCUGAGGCCAUUGGUCUGUACUGUGUGGAACCAGAGGUGAACAUUGACUUAUUUCACUAGUUUUGUUAAAUAACUUCCAGACUUUACAAACAGCAGUUGCAUAACAAGCGUAGUUAUUUUUCGUAACAAAUGUACUUAUGUUAACCCACAAUACAAUAUUUUCCUGAACUGAGAAUCCAUCUCUAACUCUGAUAAUCUCUCUAAACUGAUAAUAGAGGCAAACCUAGAGCAUCAUGGUUUGAAGCUACGGACCACUGACAAAGCAGUGGUAUUUCAUGAGUUGGGAGUAAGCAUGUGUUGGAGAAAUAGAAUGAUGAUAUAUAAAUUUCAUCCAGUAUGGACUGAACAACCUGUACUUUCUCCAGAUACUGGCCCACAAACUAGCCCAAAUAAACACUUGCAGUUCCCACAGUGCUUUAAACUGCACACAUGUAAAGCGAGAGAGACUUCAAGAAGUAAAAAGAAAGAGAAUGUAUAACCCUCCCACAGCGUUAUGUGUUGCACACUUCACUGCCCUACAGGUCAAACCAGACAAGCAAACACAACACAAUCCCCACUGUGUGCUUAUUACCACAUCAAAUUGUUUCAUAUUGUUUGAUAAGUGCAAGAGGUGGUUUAUUCUUUACUGUUUCAUCCCAAAAGACCUGUUGGCUUUUCUAUCAACCCUUUGUUAGCUUGCAUUACUUAUUUAUGGUCACAUGAAUGGGAUCCUGUCACACAAUAGAUCUCCAGAAGAUUACCUUCAUGCACUACUGGAGAGUGCACACUACUGUGUUUAACAGUAUAUAUUUAAUACUAUACUGUCAAACAGUGGCCUUUCAUGAACAAUUCAAAUCUUGCUAUUUAGAGAGGUAAACAUUGUAACACGAUUUAAGAUGAACACCUAUCAUCUCCUAUUAUCCAUACACACAUUUUGUAUGAUAUAUUGUAAUUAUUCACGUAGGUAAUUGGACAAAUAUAGACUAAAUGUGAUAUUAGGAUUGAUUAAAUAAAAUAUGACUUUGAUACAAUAUUUCUAUUUAACAAAAGCAUACAUUUGGGCUGUCAUACAUAUCAUUUUCGUGUAUUUGUGUCUAGUGCAGAGAGUUUUAAAAUCCAAAUAUACUUUCUUCAUCCAUGCAGUUUGUAACAUGUAUUGUGUCAUCUCUUCAUGUCUGCAAAGGCUGUGCAGACAUCUGAAUACUGACCAAAAUGUAUGAUCGCUAGAACUGGUGGCAUUAACUUCUUAUGUGUGGAACAUGUCAGCGUAUGUAGACGGCCAAAAGACUCCAUUCUGUCUGUUCUGCUGCCUUCAUGUACAUCUGUUAUGAAGUAAAUCAGGGUCCAAUUCAUCACUCCUCUUAUUUAUAUUAUGGAAAUACCAAGUGUGGUAAUGGAUGAUUUCUAGUCAGUGUUCAAGUAUUUCAUUAACAUAUUUUAAAGAAUUUGGAAGGGUGGAAGAGUGAGUAUCAUGAAGCAAUAUGAAGUUCAUGGUUUAUUCAUCCUUUAUGUUUAUUUUAACCCACAGCAAAUGAAGUAGUCAGAUCAAGUAUAUAUGAAGUGUCACAAUUAUGUAGCAAGUUGUCUUGAAUACUGAACUGUGUAAUUAUUAUGCUAAGGCAUUCAAAUUAUUAAAAACUGUAUGC